GGGCCCGACUUCUGAGCCCCUUCACGGGCCCCGCCCCGCGCUGCCUUGGCUCCCAGUCGUCCCCCGCCCCGACUGUCCCCCACCCCGCCCGGCCCCUCCUCGUGUCCUGGAGCCCCAAGUCUCCCGGUCCACCGGCGGGCCUCAGCACUGCAGCCCCUUCUCUGUAGUUUCUCACCCAGGCCUCUCUUUGCACCAGGGAUUCUCUCCCUGACCCUCUCUCGCUUCCCCAGGUCACUCCCUCCACCCCUAGAGUCUCUCCUGGACUCCUAUCGCCCUCUGGCCUCUACCUGCACCCCCAGAGCGUAACCCCUACCCUGUUUUCCUCCUCGCUUCUUCCCGCACCCCCUACCUGGCCUCUUCUCCGUGCAUACCCAGACCCCUCCCUGCACCUCUCAGUCCUCUCCCUGCUCCCCUGCCCCUGAGCUUUUACUUGACCCUUCUCUCACUCUCCUGAGACUUUUCCCAGGCCUUUUCUCUGCCUUUUCUGGCCGCUCCAGGGUGACCUAGGACGUCCCCAGGCCCCGUUCUGCUUCCCCGGGACCCUCACUGGACCAUUCUUUGCUGUCCCUGGCCCCCAGGUUUCCCUGACUUCCCCCUCCGCGGCACUUCAGUCCCUGAUCUGUGGCCGUUCUCCUUCCAUAGCCUUCUGAGCACAUCUUUAUGUGGUUUUGUCUUUACCCACAGGCCCCCUCCAGCUUCCUCUCCCUUCAGAGUGCCCCCUCUUUAUUUCCCCUCAGCUUUAUAGACCCCUCUCCUAACCGCUCCAGCUUUUCCUGAUGUCUCUGCAGCUCCCCCCUCUCUGCCGUUCCCCAUCUACUCCUCUGCCAGGGCGCAGAUGGGCCUGAAGUGCUGAGGUGUGGGUGCAGGACAGGUCCUCUGUCAGUGGUAGGGGUUUGUUUUAUUUUUUUCUUAACCUCUUUGUUUUCUCUCCUUGCUCCUCUUUUUAAUUUUUUAAAAUAAUUUACAACCUGUUCUGCCUUGGCAUACUGUUCAUUUCUCUCCCAUCACCCCUGCUUUCUAUGAUCCCCAGCAACUGGAGUCCUUGGAGAGGAAGCAGGUGCCAGGACUCCUCCUCCACUCUCCUUGCCUCACUCAGUUCAGGCUGCCUGGGGCGUCACCCUGAGCCUCCAGCCAGUCCUCAGGCCCACAGAGGCCUGCUGGGCAGGGAGGGCGGGAACUUCAGGUCCUGGUGGGUGGCAGGAAGCUUUGACUUUUUCUAGAGGUGGAGCUUCCCAGCAGUGCUAAAUCUCAGGGUUAUCUGGGACCGCCAAUUAGUCAGGAUUCCCUGGGCCCACAGGGACUUAUAUCUGUGCAGGUGUGUUCCUAUGUGUGACAGAGAAUCUCCAUGUGCAUACAGCCUGGGGGGCGUUUACACGUGUCAGGCAGGCAGCAAGCAUGUGUGCUGUGUUCAUCCAGGGGCUGUGGGGGCUGUAGGGGUUGCAUGCAUUUGGAGACUGUGGCUGUCCUGUGGAGCAGGCUGAGGGGGGGGACACUGACUAUGAGGAUGGCUGCCAUUUCUUCUGGGCAACCCCACUGUCAAAAGCACCUGUUACAUUUCCUCUCCAAUGAGCCCCCUGUGAAGUGUUGCUUUUCUCCCUGUUUUGUAGAUGAGACUGCAGGGCUGGCCAGAGGUGCACACAUCUAAGUGGCACAGGGGCAAGCACAAGGCCUGGCUCCCUGGCCCUGCCCUGGCUGUGCCCUCACGUGCUCCCUGCUCUCUGUCAGAGGCAGCAUGGUCCGCAGGGCACCAUGGGCCCUGACAGAGUGACUGCCCGAGAACUGUGUGAGAACGACGACCUAGCCACCAGCCUUGUCCUGGACCCCUACCUCGGUUUCCGUACCCACAAGAUGAACAUCAGCCCCAUGCCCCCACUGCGGCGACAGCACCACCUGCGCACAGCACUGGAAGCUUUCCUGAGGCAGCGGGACCUGGAGGCUGCAUACCGGACCCUGACGCUGGGAGGCUGGAUGGCCCACUACUUUCAGAGCCGGGGCCCACGGCAGGAGGCUGCCCUCAAGACCCACGUCUAUCGCUACCUCCGUGCCUUCCUGCCGGAAAGCGGCUUUACCAUCUUGCCCUGCACCCGCUACUCCAUGGAGACCAACGGGGCCAAGAUUGUGUCCACUCGUGCUUGGAAGAAGAAUGAGAAGCUGGAGCUGCUUGUAGGCUGCAUCGCAGAGCUUCGGGAGGCAGAUGAGGGGCUGCUGAGGGCUGGAGAAAACGACUUCAGCAUCAUGUACUCGACCCGCAAGCGGAGCGCGCAGCUUUGGCUGGGCCCGGCGGCCUUCAUCAAUCACGACUGCAAACCCAACUGCAAGUUUGUGCCCGCAGACGGGAACGCAGCCUGUGUGAAGGUACUCCGGGACAUCGAGCCGGGGGAUGAGGUGACGUGCUUCUAUGGCGAGGGCUUCUUCGGCGAAAAGAAUGAGCACUGUGAAUGCUAUACCUGUGAGAGGAAAGGAGAAGGAGCUUUCCGAUUGCAACCCAGGGAACCUGUCCUGCCACCACGGGCCCAAGACAAGUACCAACUGCGGGAGACCAAGCGACGGCUGCAGCAAGGCCUUGGCAGCACUGGUUGGCAGGGCCUACUAGGCCAAUGGGCCUGUGCCCACCCGUCCCUGCUGCGCCAAGACCCAUUUUGUGCUGCCUGCCAACCCCUAUACCUGCCAUCCUGCAGUGCCCGCCCGGACACCUCACCCCUGUGGCUCCAGUGGCUGCCUCAGUUCCAGCCUCGAGUGCGGCCCCGGAAGCGCCGGCGUCCCCGGCCACAGAGGGCCCCAGCAUCUCCCAUCCCCCAUGCUGCCCGUGUCUCCCUGCAUCGCUGGGGAGGCUGCGGCCCCCACUGCCGCCUUCAGGCAGAGGCCCUAGUGGCACUAGGCCAGCACCCUCAUGCCCGCUGGGCCCCACAGCAGGACUGGCACUGGGCCCGGCGCUAUGGGCUGCCUUACGUGGUGCGUGUGGACCUCAGCCGCCUGGCCUCGGCCCCACCAGCCACCCCUGCCCCCACCAUGACCCCAGGUCCCAUUCUGGUACCCAAGCAGGCCCUUGCUUUUGCCUCCUUUUCCCCACCCAAGCGCCUGCGGCUAGUGGUCAGCCAUGGCUCCAUCGACCUGGAUGUCCAUGAAGAUGGGCUGUGAUGGGCUGGGUGGAGGGACAGGCAGGAGAGAGGGGCCUCUCCUAGCUCCUGCCCCUCCAGAAAAAGCCCUUGGACCUCUGGGAGGGAGUUAACCUUUCAUCCCAACACAGCUCUGACCCUGGGCAAGGGGUUGGUUUGGACACUGCCAGGGAUUUAAUCCCUGACCUUUUGUGACUGCUGACCCCUGAGCCACCCUCACCCUGCAGGGAGCCCUGGCCAUUUGCUGCCCUCUCCACCCUGCCCCAACCUCAGGACUGCAGGAGCCAUCCCCCUCCCUUAGCCAGAUCCUCCCCAGGGAGCAAAGCCAUAAGGGGGUGGGGACCACCCUGUGGCUUCUUCCCAGAAGCCCAGGCCUCAGGAGGAAGUAGAACUGACCUGGGGUGGCACUCCCUAGAAGGGAGUUGCUCUCAGCAACUGUUUAAGGUGAAGGGAGUGUGUGGGAGUGUCUGGGGGGGUAUGUCCUCACCACCACCCCCAAAGGUCUCAGGGAGGCCGGGUUUGACCUCGUCUUUCUCAUGGUGCUAUCCCUGGUGCUAUGGGGUGGGGGUGUCCUCCCCUCCCCAACACCAGAAAGGGGUUUGCUGGGGGGGGGGGGUUGGAAGCACUUGAACUUUUUAUUUUAUUAAACCUUGUAUAAACAGCA